AUGAUAAAUACAACGUCGAGCGACGGUCUAUGUCGUCGUUACACCGCGUUUGUAAAUGAAGACAUUCCGCGGUUAUUCAUCAUCCUCAAUUCCGCCGUGAACAUCAUUUCGAUGAUGGUAUCCAUUUUGGCAAAUAGCCUGGUAAUAGCAGCGGUCUGGAAAACGCCAUCCUUACGCUACCCUUCAAUUUUACUUCUCUGUGGUCUCUCACUAUCUGAUGUUUUCGUUGGUUUGAUCGUGGAGCCAUUUUACGUCACCGUGGAAUUGUUAAAAAUUCAUGGUUAUCCAAAAGGAGAUGAUUGUACACUGGAAACGGGAUAUUUUGUGAUUGCAUUCCUAGUUUGUGGAGUUUCGUUUGGAAACGUAACUCUUGUAAGUAUGGAUAGAUACAUGGCAAUCCACUAUCCACUGAGGUAUGAUACUAUUGUUACUAUUCCGCGGGUAUACAUUCUCAUAAUUUCGUGUUGGGUUCUCAGCGCUUUUUGUACUAGUAUUUUGAUAUGGAAUAUGGUCAUUUUUCUAUAUCUGGUGACAGUUGUUUGCGCAAUUCUCCUGAUAAUGUCAACAUUCAUCCAUAUCAAGAUCUACCGAAUCGUCCGCCGCCAUAGAAAUGUGAUUCAAGCUCAAGAACAGGCAGUCCACUCGACAAACGCCGAGUUGAAUAUGGUGCGUUUUAAAAAAACUGCCAUGAACACGUUCCUUGUGUACUAUUUCUUAUUGCUAUGUUACCUACCCUUCGCUGUAGCUGGCAUUCUACAAAUUUUGACUGACGAAAAGACCAAUUUACCUAUCCUUUGGAAAGUGGCCACCACAACAGGGAAUUUAAACUCAGCACUCAAUCCGUUUCUUUAUUGUUGGCGACUCCCAGCUAUGAGAGGUCCGGUCACAGCUUUGUUUAAGAAGAUUUUCUGCCCUCUAAAAGUCUCCUCAUCAUGUAUUUUUGGCAACUAGACUGCUCAUAGGUGUUUCACUUCAAGAAAUGGAAGAGGAGAACGAUUUCUUAGGACUUCCGACAUCAGUCUCUCGAACCAAUUGGUACAUUGGAUGCUUUACAUCUGAGCAGUUUAAACCCCGUGGCCUUAAGAGGCAAACCGCAUUACGUCGAAUGCCAAAAUUUAAAAGUUGAUUUGAUGCUCUCGAGCACUGAUGGAAACUUAUGAUAAUACAAGAUUCACUUGCAUCGAAAAACUCGAAUCCCCAAGAGAAAGUGAAUUAUCCAAUGGCCUGGCCAUUGCAAACUUUAAGACUAAUAUGGUUUGUAAAAACGAGUCAACUAUACCUCAAAUUUGUAUCAAAAGUAUUUUAUUCCUAGACGCCAUUCGUUCAGUUCUACGAAAUAAAGGUUUUCCAAACACACAUGAUAUUUGUCACGGAUGUCUUGCCUUGCCCUUUUUACCUCGACCUUUGACGAGAAAAGCAAAUUAUUUGAAUUUUCAAGAUAAUGUUGGAUAAUCAUGUGAAAAUUAAAGGCCGCGCAAGGGUACACUUCCAAGGGAAACCAAUAAUAUUUCUUGUUCUUAUGCGACACUUGAAAGUCAAGUAAGGCCAAAUUAAAGUUUCGAUCAGACGCAUUUUCAGUUGUUCCGAUUGCAAAUAAAAGGGUAUCACAGUGACAUUUACACGAAGCAUUUCCACUUUUUCUUCAUUCGGUCACAUACUUCACAUACAUCAAAACAUAGAGAUAAAAACGAGUCAGCCCUAAGAUCGUACCGUUAUGAGCCGAUGAUAAUGAGGCAAUUUCAACUGUUUUUGCAAAAAAGGUCAGAUUAAUAUAUUUUCAAAGCAGGAGUCAUAGUUUGAGAGUUGAAUAGUCACUGAGCUAAGAAGGCUAAGGGUAACUAGGACUUUAAAUGGGAACAUCGAGUCUAUGAGACGCAUCUAGGCGACGAAGGAAAAUUCAGAUAUUGACUCAUUAAAUUCAAAUCCAGAAGAAUGCGAUUUAUGGCUAUACAACUGCAAACUUUUGAGUUAAUGCUCUCUUGAAAAGAUGAUUAAUGCGCAAUAAAUUUCGGUUAGCACCAGAAAAAAGCCACAAUUCAAAGCCUACCUGAUGCAAGAAAUGUUUCCAUGGUAACAGAGUGCUUCAUCAACAGUCAAUCACAAUUGUUUUUUUCCAUUUGAUCUUUCAUGGAGGAAAUUGUCUGAUGCAACGUACGACAAUGACACAUCUCAAAUUGGACAUUUUCACUAAGUGCAAAUUAAUGGCUGAUGAAAAAUUUCAUUUCCCUCUAAGACAACAAUCUGAGGAUCCCCGAUCGCAUUCACGAGAACUUAAAGUUCUAGUAAUAUUUUCCUAUCAAACGAAGAGAAAAAUAUUUCAAAUUUUCAGAAGUUUUAAAAUUAGCUACGGGAUUAAUCGUUCUUUCAAGCCUUUAAAUGUUUGGCAUGGUGCUUUGGAUCCCUAAAGGAAAGUUAUCGCCAAAACUUGCUGAGCCUUUUUAAGUUUUUAUAAAAUACUGUUGAGAGCAGCUAUAUUUCUUCACCCACGUGCGGAAGACAUCUAUGGCAAACUAGUGAUGAUUCAAGCACUGUGCUUACAAGACACUUAAGUUUUCACAAAGUCGAUGUUACGAUCUUUGAUCCAACACAUAAUCGUAGAAGUCCUAAUACCAAAAAUUUCCUAGAUAAAAAGAGAGUACGAGUCAAUCGUUAUUCACCAAGAACAUCAAAUUCACAAAAAUAUAAUGCGUCAAACUCGAAGUUCUUGUUGAGAAAAACUGAAUUAUCAUAGCAGGAUAAUUGAAAAUUCUGCCUAAAAGGGCCAGUUAUGUGGUUGUAAGUCAGCCGAUAUGUGACAUACCGUCAAAUGAUCAACGACUAGGUUUACACAAGCUCCUCAAGCAAUAAAUCUGAUUUGCUGUUCUAUCAUCAUCAUGAUAAACGGCAUCGAUGGUCGAGUCUCUUUAACCGGCAAAGAUUACGCUUCCCCCGCUUUUGGAACGAGGAAAGUUCUUGGAGAUACAGGACCAAAAGAUAUGUCGUCAUUACACAAUUCAUUUUCAGUUAUUGAGUAUCUCAAAAUUUUUUGAAACACCCAUGAUAAGAUAAGAAUGAAAGCUCUUACUUAAACUGCUCUGGAAUUACAAACGCUACGUUCAGGAACGGAUUAUGCCAUCGCUACACUGCAUUCGAAAAUGAAAACGUUCCACGGCUCUUCAUUGUUCUAAACUCCAUGGUGAACAUCAUUUUAAUGAUAGUAUCGAUCUUAGCAAACACUUUGGUGAUAACAGUAGUAUGGAAAACGCCUUCCUUGCGGUACCCUUCAAUUUUACUUCUCUGUGGUCUCGCCGUCUCUGAUUUUGCCGUUGGUUUAAUUGCUGAACCUUUUUUCGUCACCAUAGAGUUGUUAAAAGGGUAUGGAUAUCCAAAAAGUGAUUGCCGGCUUGAAACGACGUUUUUCACUAUUCAUUUGUACUUUGUGGAGUUUCGUUUGCAAAUGUAA